GGAAGAACUCAUAAAAUGAAUUCAGACUCCAGCCCGAGCAGCAGAGCCUCCUCCCCGGACAUGGACGGCAUGUAUCUCCGUGACCACCAGCACCACCUCCAGCACCACCACCUCGGCUCCUCCGUGUCCUCCUCCACGCAGAGCGGUGAGCUGCGCCAGAAGAUGACCGGCGGCGAGCACCUCUCAUCGCGGUCUGGGGACCCCAAGGCGACGCCGGUGGGCAGCAGCAGCAGCAAGUACAAACUCAAGAAACAGGUGACGGAGCAGGAGAUCCAGCAGCUUCGCCUCAAGAUCAACGGCCGCGAGCGGAAGCGCAUGCACGACCUCAACCUGGCCAUGGACGGCCUGCGUGAGGUGAUGCCCUAUGCGCACGGGCCCUCAGUGCGGAAGUUGUCCAAGAUCGCUACGCUGCUGCUCGCCCGGAACUACAUCCUGAUGCUCACCAGCUCCUUGGACGAGAUGAAGCGACUGGUGGGGGAGAUUUACGGAGGGCACCACUCCGCUUUCCACUGCGGGACCGUGACGCACACCGCCGGCGGCGGCCACACCGGGAGCAGCGCCGCGGCCGCCGCAGCAGCCGCCGCCGCCGCCGCCGCCGCGCACCAGGUGCACCCUCUCCUCGGGAGCGCGCUGUCUUCGUCCACGUCGUCCACCCUGACGAGCGCGCUGCCGGGGCUCACGUCCAUCCGGGCGCCCCACUCACUGAUGAAGGGUUCCCCCACCGCACCGCCGGCCCUCCAGCUGGGCACGGGCUUCCAGCACUGGGCCGGGCUUCCGUGCCCCUGCACCAUCUGCCAGGUGCCCCCCCCUCCCCACAUCCCCAUCACCUCCACCGGCCUUACGAGACUCACAGGGGACAGCAAAGAUGGGAUGAAAUGA